CAACCAUACGCCACAAACCCAGCUGUAUGUUUCCACUGUGUCCUCUGUGUUCACUGGCACCAGACUGGCACGCACCGCUCUGUCACUCCUUUGAGCACGGCCCUCCUCACCCCUUCUCUCUGCAGCGUGGAGCAAAGAUCUGAAAUCAUUUCCUGUCUGCAGCUCUCUCUUGUUUUCAGUGGAUUUUUGUUUUUUUAAGAGCUGACAAACCUUCGGUCGUUUAGUUUUUUUUGUGGAAGAACCAGUUUUGGAGACGUUCCUCCUGAGUGGAUUUUUUUUAGCUUCUAAGAGUUGUGUAAAUCUUCCAAGAUGGCACCUGUGAAGACAUGGGUAUUGGGACUCAUGCUGGUGCUCCUGUGCCCAUCCCAGCUGCCACUCUCUGGGGUAGUGAGUGCCCAGAACAUGGCCGAAGCAGACCUCCAAGCCAGAAACGAUGAGGUUGUGGCAGAGGAGGGCGAGACCUCUGAGGGCGAUGGUGGUGCUGUUGAGGAAGAGGAAGCGGUAGAAGAAGAGGGAGGUGAAGAAGAAUCAGACGAGGAGGAGGAUGAUGAUGCCGAAGAAGAGGAGGGUGAUGAGGCGGCAGCCGAGGAGGAGGAUGAUGAGGAGGAGGGAGAGGCUGCAGAUGAGGUAGAGGAUGACGAUGAAGAAGAGGAGAAGGACGAUGAGGAGGAAGAGGCUUCAGAUGAGGUAGAGGAUGACGAUGAAGAAGAGGAGAAGGACGAUGAGGAGGAAGAGGAAGAGGCUUCAGAUGAGGUAGAAGAUGACAAUGAAGAAGAGGAGGAGGAUGAGGAGGAAGAGGCUGCAGAUGAGGAUGAUGCAGAAAAAGAAGAAGAGAAGGAGGAGGCUGCAGAUGAGGAUGAUGAAGAAGAAGAAGAAGAAGAUGCUAAGGAAGAGGAGGCAACUGAAGGAGAGGAGGUUGCUGCGGAAGAGGAGGGUGAUGAUGCUGAGGAGGAAGAGGACGAUCAUGAUGAGCAUGAGGCCGUCGCAGCAGAGACCCAUGGUGACGAACACGCCCUCUCUGACAUGCUGCACUUCCGCUCUGGCUCUUGGUGCAGCGUUUGCUCCGUCUGCCAGCACUGCUCUAGUAGCUGUGAUAAGUGCCCAUGUGAGGAGGGAGACGAGUCAGAUCACUGCGUGCACUGUCAGGGAUGUUCGUCCUGCUACCUCUGCCCCAUACUGUGUGACACCAUUUGCUCCCCAGGCGGCCUUGUGGAUGAGCUGACUGGGUCCCUCUUUCAGACCUUUUCCUAUAUUCUUUGAGCAACCCUUGAGACUUCGCCCCUUUAGCAUCCUCCUGUGGUCACAAGAUGUAUGUCGUUUAGGACUGGCGCCGCCUGGCUUCACGCCCUGAAUCUGACGGCUCACGUUUCAAUUUUUACUAAAAGCUGCAAAGAGUCUGUUUGUAGAAUUUCAUUUGAUGCCCUUGAUUUUGUGUAUUUUCAAUGCAAAAUACAGUAUUUCUAAGGCUAGGAUUUAUUCAUAUGUUUUUUUUGUAGGAGCGUUAUUGUAAAACAACUUUAGCUGAGCAAGAAAUAUUUGUGGGCCCGUCUUGUGGCGGGAGUCUGUAUUGACACACUAAAUAGAUGAAAAUGAAUGUAAAUAUAAAA